CUUAUUUUUAAAAUUUCUUGUUUUAUUAUUGUCGAAUUUCUUCCACCCUUUCAAUUCUGUUGGGAACAAUUUUCAAUUCCUACUUUUAUUUUUGCGUUCCUUCCCAUUUGGCACGUUCAAAAAGAGAAUUUCAGCUCACUUUACUCCCCCACUUUUCUACUUGAAAGGAGACCAAGCGCCGCACCGUGUUUUUCUCUCUUUCUGUUUGCAUUUAUUUGCUCUUCAAGCCUGCUAACCUGGCGCAAAGCAUAGUUUUGUUUGGAUCAUGGAGGCACUACUCGAUUUCAACCGCGAGUUCGACAUCGCGCUGCUCGACCGCGUAGUUGACGCGAUGUUCAACGGCAAAGGCAACGACCAAAAGAUGGCCCAGCAGAUCCUGAACGAGUUCCAGGAAAACGAGCUCUCAUGGACCCGGGCGGAUAGCAUUCUGACCAACUCGACCUUAUCCCAGUCAAAGUUCAUUGCACUGCAGAUUCUCGGGCAGCUCAUUCAGACAAAGUGGAAGAUUCUGCCCGCCGAGCAGCGCACGGGCAUUAAAAACUUUAUCGUUGAGAUUAUUCUGCACACCGCCUCGACUGAGGAGUCGCUCCGUCAGAACAAAGUGUACCUGACCAAGCUCAACCUCAUUUUGGUGCAGAUCCUCAAGCAGGAGUGGCCGCACAACUGGCCGACUUUUAUCCCCGAGAUUGUCCAGACCAGCAGGACAAACCUGGCGCUGUGCGAGAACAACAUGGCGAUCCUCAAACUGCUCAGCGAGGAGGUGUUCGACUUUUCGGCAGAGCAGAUGACACAGGCAAAGACUAAGAACCUUAAGACGCAGAUGUGCGGCGAAUUUAGCUCGAUCUACGAGCUGUGCACGGAGAUCCUCCAGAAGGCCCAGCAACCGAGCCUGAUCCUGGCCACAUUGGAGACGCUGCUGCGCUUCCUCAGCUGGAUUCCGUUCGGAUACAUUUUCGAGACGAACCUGAUCAACAACUUGUGCACCCGCUUCCUGCAGUCGCAGGUCACUCGUAACAUCACCAUCAAGUGUUUGACCGAGAUUGGCGGUUUGGAUGGCGGCGAGGAGUACAAGGAGCAGUAUGUGAACAUGUUCUCAAUGACCAUUACGGCCCUGCGCGCGACGCUGGGCGAUCUUGCCAACAUUGACUCGGUCUGGGACGACUACGAGAACGAGGAGCAGGAGUUUAUCCAGAACGUGGCCAUGUUCCUGACGAGCUUCCUUACAUCCCACCUGCGUCUGGUGGAGUCCUCGGCGACGCGCGAGGUUGUGAUCCAGGCCCACGAGUACCUGCUGCGCAUCACGCAGGUCGAUGAGCGCGAGAUGUUCAAGGUGUGCCUUGAAUACUGGAACGAACUGGUGCGCCGCCUGUACGGAGACAGCCGCAACGCCCCCUUCAACGCGCCGUCGAGUCUGCUCAACCUCGGCAACGGCCCAGCCAGCGACAACGUUGGCGGCAUGACGGUCGAAGUACGCCGCCAGAUGUACUCUGGCAUUCUGACUGGCGUGCGCUACGUCAUGAUCAGCCGCAUGGUUCGCCCUGAGGAGGUGCUUAUCGUCGAGAACGACGAAGGCGAGAUUGUGCGCGAAUUCAUUAAGGAGACCGACACGAUUGUUCUGUACAAGGCGCAGCGCGAGUGCUUGAUCUACCUCACACAUCUGGAUCCGAAGGACAUGGAGAACAUCAUGGUCGAGAAGCUUGGUCGCCAGAUGGACGGGUCAGAGUGGUCGUGGAGCAACCUCAACAAGCUGUGCUGGGCCAUUGGCUCGAUCUCGGGCUCGAUGAGCGAGGACCAGGAGCGCCGCGUGCUAGUGAUCAUCAUCAAGGAUCUGCUGAGCCUGUGUGAGCUCAAGCGUGGAAAGGACAACAAGGCAGUCGUCGCCUCCAACAUCAUGUAUGUGGUCGGCCAGUACCCGCGCUUUUUGAAGGCGCACUGGAAGUUCCUCAAGACUGUCGCCAACAAGCUGUUCGAGUUUAUGCAUGAACUGCAUGAGGGUGUUCGCGACAUGGCGUGCGACACGUUUGUUACCAUCGCGCAAAAGUGUCGCCGCCACUUUAUUGCGCAGCAGCCCGGAGAGAGCUGCCCGUUCGUCGAGGAGAUUAUCGCCAACGCCAAAUCGAUUACGUCUGAUCUCGAACCGCAGCAGGUCAACCGCUUCUGCGAGGCAGUCGGCUACCUGAUCAGCGCACAGCUCAACUCAGCCACGCAGGCGCAGCUGAUCAGCGGCCUGAUGAAGCCCACGAACGACCAGUGGAGCACAAUUGUGAACCGCGCCAGCGAGGACAUCCACAUUCUCGAAGACCUCAAUGUCGUCAAGCAGCUCGGAAACAUCCUGCGCACCAACGUCUCUGCCUGCGGUGCCGUGGGUAAGGGCUUUAUUACGCAGAUAGGUCACAACUACAUUGACAUGCUCGGCUUGUACAAGGCGGUUUCGGAGAUCAUCUCGGGCUGCAUUGCGCGCGAUGGCGAGAUUGCCACAAGAUACGCUAAUGUGCGCGCCAUGCGCACCAUCAAGAAGGAGGCGCUGCACUUGGUCGACACUUACGUCAAGCACUGUGAUGGCGAGAUCGAGCAGGUGAACAAGGACAUGGUGCCGCCGCUUCUCGAGGCCGUGCUUGCCGAUUACGCCCAGAAUGUGCCUCCGGCCCGCGACGCAGAGGUGCUGAAAACAGUGAACACCAUUACGGCCACUCUUGGCAGCCUGAUGACAGACAAGAUCCCCAUCGUCUUCGACUCUCUCUUUGAGAGCACGAUGAACAUGAUCAACCAGGACUUUACUGAGUACCCGGAGCACCGCCUGGCCAUCUACCAGCUGCUGCGCACUAUCAACCAAAAGUGUUUCACCGCAACGCUGAACCUCCCCCCGCAGCAGUUCCGGUUCAUGAUCAUGUCGAUCAUGUGGGGAUUCAAGCACACGCUACGCGAUGUCGCUGACCUGGGCCUGACAAUCGCGCUCGAAAUGAUUAAUAACUUUAACAUUUGCGACCGCGUCAUCUCGGAUGCGUUCUUCCAGACGUACUUUGUCGAGCUGCUCAACGAGAUCAUCGUUGUGCUAAGCGACAAUGACCACAAGGGCAGCUUCAGGCUUCAGUGCAUGGUGCUUGCGCGCAUGAUUCUGCUCGUCGAGUCCAACCAGAUCACAGCGCCCCUGUAUGACCCCUCGCUUCCGGAGAACGCAGGCAUGGUCAACACCAUCUUUGUGCGCCAAUCCAUCGCCAACCUGCUGGCCACGGCGUUCGCCAACCUGAAUUCGCGCCAGAUCGAGCUGUUUGUCGAGGGCCUGUUUAGCUACAACGAGGACUUUGAGAAGUUCCGCAGUCAUGUGCGCGACUUCCUCAUCCAGACCAAGGAGUUUGCCGGCGACAAUGCUGACCUCUUCCUCGAGGAGACCGAGCGCAGCAACGAGGAAAAGAAGCAGAAGGAGGCCGAGCUGGCGAAGCAGAUUCCAGGAAUGAUCAAGCCCUCGGAGAUGGAGGAGGACGAGUAAACCGUGUAUCCGUUCCGCUGCUGCAGCCAUUUGCGUAUAUUUCUGUUGUUUUGUAGUGAGUUUGCCUUUUUGGUAAUUAGUUCUUUUUUUACAAUUUCAAUAUCACAUUUUAUUUGUUGUCA